AUGUCUCCUCUUUAUCCCUCACCUCGCGAGGAUGUCGUGCAGACUCCCCCCCUCCACACCGCCUUUCUCACCGAGUCAUCCGAGUCAUCUGCCGCACAGGACAGCAUCACCUACGCCCGUGCGCAGAUCGACGCGGAAAUCCUGCAGCUUGAACGCAACAUUUACUCCCUCAAGGUUCGCAGAAACGGCCUCGCUCCUAUCCUCCAUUUGCCCGUCGAGCUCCUCGCGGACAUCUUCGUCCUCGUCGCGACCGCCGACAGAGACGAUAGCGAGCGUUUUGAUGACCUGUCCUGGGCAAAGGUCUCGCACGUCUGCCAGUAUUGGCGCAAUGUCUCUCUCAUUACCCCCAGAAUGUGGUCCCACAUCACGUCCAAGAGCGCGGCGUGGGUGGCGAUGCAGCUCCAGCGCGCUAGGUCCAUCCCGCUCGUUGUUCACAUCGACAUGCGGCAGCAGACCUCCAUCAACCUCUCCGAUGGCGCCCACAUCCUCAUUCGCCACAUGUCCCGAGCCCGAAAGCUCACUGUCUCUGCGGGGCGGAGCCGCGUACCUGUGCUGCAACUCUGCAAUCACCUGAUCAGUGCCGCACCGUUGUUGGAGUCGUUCGUUUUCCGCGACUCUAUUCAGCUCGAAGCAGGGAACGCUGCUAUCCCCGUGGCACACAUCCCGCCUAAAGUGUUUGACAACCAGUCCCCCCUGCUGUGGUAUGUCGAGCUGCAUCAGUGCACGCUGUCCUGGACGACGACGCUCUUCGGCAUCAAUGUCACGCACCUCAUCCUCGAUGGGCGUGGUGUGCGAAUGCGCACCUCCCCGGGCGAGAUCAUCAGCGCUUUGGAGCGCAUGCCCAUGCUCCAGCUUGUCAACUUUAACCAAAUUGCCCCCCACAUUCCAUGGGACUUUGAGCCUCGCACUGUAGACCAAGGCCCUAUCUUCCUUCGCCACCUCCGCUUGCUCCACAUUGACGCCCUCGCCCUGAACUGCGCAGUCCUCCUCUACAAUCUCUGCUUCCCUUCCAGCACACAGCUCAUCCUCUGCUGUCACCUCUUCCGACGAUACGACGAAUUCCGCAUCCUUGGUUCCGCCGUGUCGGCCACGUACCAUUAUCACGCCAUCGUAGUAGGUGCUGAGCAUCCUUUGCAAAGCUUCACCUUUGCGCCCAUAUCUCCCGAUACCCUCCAGCUCAACGCGUGGACAGCCGGCAUGACCAUCGAAGAGCUUCGCCGCAUGCCCGAAGGCCUGGCCUCGGGAGCCUCCCUGCAGAUGAACCUCCGCUGGGAUGGUAUCUCGCUUGACAACAGCGUGCGGUGUCUCGUAUAUGCCUGUCGUUCCCUUCCACUGUCCAACGUGCGGGGACUCCACGUCCCCAAUUACGUGGCGCUGACAAGCCGAGCGUGGCUCCAAAUCUUUGCCGGCAUGCGGCGGCUCGAGGCGGUCUGGGUGGGCGGACGGUCCGCAAACUCCCUUCCCCGGGCGUUGCGACGCGAGGUCUGCUGCGAGCUGUCUCCGUACUUUGGACACGGACACGAGCACGAGCUGCAAAAGGAGUCGGGGCACAACGAGUCCGGCCACCGGCACGGCCACGUCCCUGCGCUGUUUCCGCUCCUGUGCGAGCUGGCGCUCGAGGACGUGGAUUUUGCUGCGGGCGCGAACCAUGACGCGAGCUUCUUCGCGGAGCUGCAGGAGGUCGUGAUCGAGCGGUGCCGGCACCGGAACGAGCUUAAGAUUUGCAUCCACCGCUGCCGUAACCUGAUCGUGGAGCAGAUGCACGAUCUGCAGGUCGUCGGCGCCGAUGUGUUCUGGAACGGCGAGGAGCUCCUCGACUUUGACAUCGCCGAGGUGGACAGCAACAACUCGGAUGAAGACUAUGAAGACUUUUACGACACCGACACGCACUCUGAAAGCUCCGACGGCGACGAGAUUUAUUAA